GGCGGCAGCGGCAGCGGCGGCGGCAGCAGCUGCGGAGGGAGGGGCGGGGCGGGGGCCGGCGUUGGAACCGGACCCGACCCGACCCAGGAGCCGAGAGCGGGGCCUCUGGCACCGCCUGGACUGCAGGGCGAUGUGAACUCUGGGCCUUUCCCAGAUGGAGCCUGGGUGACAUCUCUGCAAGAUGGCUACCAUGAUUCCCCACUGAGGAUUGUGGGGAUAAAGUGGGAGUCCUCUCCCGUCCCUUCCCAUGGUCAGCUCCCCAAUGGCCUGGGUGAGGACUGACCAGCUGUUCUGACAUCAUGGGAAGCUGCCUUGGCUGCCUCUACAGAGACAGUAUACCAAACAACCAUCCCACAAAAUUCAAGGUAAUAAACGUGGAUGAUGAGGGGAUGGAGCUGGGCUCUGGGGUGAUGGAGCUGACUCAGAGGGAGCUGGUGCUGCACCUCCACAGGCGUGAUGCUGUGCGGUGGCCCUACCUCUGCCUGCGGCGCUACGGCUUCGACUCCAACCUCUUCUCCUUUGAGAGUGGCCGACGCUGCCAGACAGGACAGGGCAUCUUUGCAUUCAAGUGCUCUCGGGCUGAGGAGCUUUUCAACCUCCUGCAGGAUCUCAUGCAGUGCAACAGCAUCAGCGUGAUGGAAGAGCCAGUUGUUGUCACCAGAAGCAGCCAUUCUGCUGAAAUGGGCCUGCCACAGACUCCCCAUGCUGCCAAUGCUCUGGGCUACACUGUAUCUGGCUUCUCCAAUGGCUUCCCCAGCUUCCCUGCAGAUGGUCCGUCAUACUCCACCCCUCGCCCUGCCUCUAUGAGCAGCUUGCGACACUCUUCCCUUGGAGAAGAGUCCACCCAUGCCCUUAUUGCCCCCGAGGAGCAGUCCCACACCUAUGUCAACACACCUGGAAAUGAGGAAGACAGAAGGGGCCGCCGCUGCCUCCAGCCCUUGCCUGAGGGUCGGGCAGCCUUCCCUUCAAGGGCUCGAAGCUGUGUCCUAGAUAGCCGAGAUCCCAAGGUGUUCCUACAGCCAGGUCAGGUGAAGUUUGUCCUGGACCCAAGCUCCAGUCUUCGUCAUGUGGUGAAGUGCCAGGGUUAUUGUGGCAGCCCCGGGUCAGAAUGUGGGGGUCCCCUCUGCUCUGGCCGACAGGGUGGACCAGCUCACAACAACAACAACGAAUGCCCCACUGAGUGUCUGGCCCAGCCCAAGUGUACCUAUGAGAACCUCACUGGUGGGGGGCUGCCCCGUGGGGGAAGCUGGAGACUGAGCCAAGAGGAGCUGAGCUGGAACGGCUUCUCACAGCGGCGGGCGGCCCUACUCCACUAUGAGAACCUGCCCUCACUGCCACCUGUGUGGGAGAGCCAGGCUCACCAGCCAGGAGAUGAGGAUGAUGGGGACUCCAGGGAUGGGCUGACCCCUUCCUCUAAUGGCUACCCUGAUGGUGGUGAUGAGGAUGAGACCCCACUCCAAAAUUACAUCAAUGCUCGGGCUGCCCCCCGAAGUCACAUCAACUUCCCUGUGCCACUGUCCCGCCGCCGGGGCUCUCCCCGGGUAUUCAACUUUGAUUUCCGCCGGCCGGGCCCAGAACCACCACGACAGCUAAAUUACAUUCAGGUGGAACUGAAGGGCUGGGCUGGGGACCGUCCCAAGGAGCAUCAGAGCCCCCCAGCUCAGCGUCCUCCAGUGUCCUCUGCCCACCCCACCCGCCGGUCAGAUUCCUAUGCUGUGAUUGACCUUAAAAAGACUGCAGCAAUGUCUAGCCUGCAAAGGGCACUGCCCAGAGAUGAUGGCACUUCCCGGAAAACCCGCCACAACAGUACUGACCUGCCACUGUAGGGAAAGGCCCACUCAUCAUGGCCUAGAGUGUGCCUUCCCAUGGUCCUCCUCUUCCUCUUCAGUCUCUUUCCAAGGAGAUUUCAGCCAUUGGUUCCCACUCCCAGUUCCUUGAUCCAUUUUUCUUAACUUCCCCUGUAGAGGGUUUGCUGCUGCUUUGCUGGAGGGUCCUGGGGCAGGAAGCAUCGUGCCCUGAUGCAUGCUGGGGUUCACCAAGAUACUUACUACUGGGUUUGGGGUCUCCUGGAACCAGCCUUCUGAGAAGGAUCUUCCUUCCUAGGCACUUGGGAGAGGAAGGAGCAAAGCUGUGAACUGUGAAAGAUCAUUUGUGAUCACAUUUGAAGCUACUCAAUUAGGUGUCUGUCUGUCCAUUUGUCUUUUUUGUUGUUGUUGCAGUUUGGAAACAUUUUGUACUUUUAUUUAUCAGUUUAUUUUUCUAUUUAUUGUUUUAAAUGUUAUUUAACAUAUUUAUUAAUUAUUAUUAUUUUUAAAUCCUGACUCUGUGGAUGAUGUCACCCUUGUGUUGAAGUUCCUUUUUGGGGAAGGGAUGGAAUUGGGAAUGUCUCUCCUCUGGUCAGGCCUGGAGGGCUAGGCUCUUGAAGGGAGGCUAUUCCAGGAAGCCCAGGUUGUGUCUUAAGGGCUAUGACCAUUUUUAUUCUUCUCUUGAGGGAUCCUGGCCCAGAAGUUGCCCAGAUAUUCUGUCCCAUUAAAGUCUGACUAGCAGGAUAACAACUGGGACCCUGGGUAGACAAAGGGAAUCCCAGUUUGACUUGUAUGACCUUGUAUGUAGUUCAAUAGAACAAGCAUUUGUUAAGUGCCUACUGUGUGCCAGGUACUGGAGAUACAAAGCAAAACUGAAACAUACACUUCCUUUAAAGGGGAGGGCAGAGGGAGGGGCACAACAUGCUUAAAAUAAGUCAGUACAAAAUAGAAGCUGUGUAGGAGAGCCAGUAAUACAAAUACAAAUACACAUCAGCCACUGGGCCUGGAAGCAAAGCCUUGAAGAGGGCUGUGGGUGAGGCCAGAUUAAGGUAGGAAUAGCAUUCUAGUGAGGAAGAUAUCCUCUGUUUCCCUUUGGACAAAGCCACUCCUUCCCCAACAUUUGUCUUAUGCAGUCCUUCCUAUUUUACCAGGGUCAGAGCGGUGGCAGCACUAUGAUGUGGUCGGAAGAGCACUGAAUUUGGACUUGGAGCCUGGGUUCAAAUGCAGACUCUGUUACUGCCUGGGUGACCAAGGUCACUUCUCAUCUCUGGGCCUCAGUUUCCCUUCUGUAAAAUGGAAUGCGAGGAAGGAAGAAUGGACUAGAUGACCCCAAGGCCCCAUAUAGCUCUACUCCUAUUAAAGGAACAGUUUUUGUUUCUACUGGGCAAAGCCAAUUGAAGAGCCAGUGUUAUCUGUAAUAGAGCCUGUUAAUACUACAAAUAUGGGAUUCUGGUAUUAUAUUUCUCUAAUCCCAUAUUUUUUAUUCUGGUGGCCAUGCCAGAUUACCUGCAUGAUUGGUUUAAGGUUGAAAUGCUAUUACCUAUCACUGAGACUACUGUAAGACAGGCUUUGUCUCAUGUUCCAUCGGUAUUGAUAUGGGGUAUUCUUUCUGUAUUUGUAAAAGGUUUAAAAUGGGUGUCUAUAGAAAUACAAUGUUUAUGAUUGGCUGAAUUUUGGAAAUGGAGAACUGAAACAAUUGAUUGCCCCGCGAUUUAAAUUAGACCAAAUUGAAACAAUUUGUGUGGAACCAAUGAAAAUAAAUGGGAUGGUGCAUGGAAUAAAGCAACAGGAGCUAGUUAAGCUUGGAGGGGCUAAUCAAUAAGCACAAGCACUAGUUUAAGCAGUUGAGUGCCUGAAUGGGAGUAAUAGGACAGCAUAGUCAUCUCCUGCCCCUCUUUGUGUCUCAGUUUUCCCACAAUGCUUGAACUGUGAUAAUGACUGAGUUCCUAUUUCUAGAAGGCUUUAGGCUUGCCAAAAUGCUCUCCUUAGCAGAGCUUUGUGAAAGUGGCCACCAUUGCCAUUAUGCAAAUGGGGCAAAGAAGACCUAGAGGGAUGGAAGUGGCCUCCAUGUGGCCAGUAACCAUCAGAGCCAGGAUAGGAACUCCAGUCUCCUGCCUCCAACCAAGCCCAGUGACAUCUCCACUAAACUACCUUACCUCUCCAACUGAGCUAAAGAGAAGCCCAAACCAUCCUCAGUGAUGAAGAAGUGGCUAACAGAGGAACACCAGAUGCACCCAACAAGGACAGUGAGAGGACCUGUUGAAUCCCAGUCUGACUGUGGGCCCUCUCCCAAAUCAUGACUGCUGUUCUUCCCAGCUGAAAAAUGGCGAUGCAUUCCAAUGGGAAGACUUGGCUGUGAGCUUGGCCUAUUUCAAGAGGGACCUCAAUGUAACAGAGUCAGAUGAUCUGUAUUUGAAUGCUGGCUCUGCUGCUUCUUGCUUGGCUUUAUGGGAAGAGCUUUGGUUUUGCUAUCAGGGGACCUGGGUUUAGUCCCAUUUUUGACAUUUAUUACCUGAGAGACACUGCUUAAGUCACUUCACAAGACCUCAGUUUCCUCGUAUGAAUAUAGGGACAGUAUUUGCACUAUUACCUCAGUGUUGUGAGGCAAGUGCUUUGUUAACUGUUCAAAGUGCCAUAGAAACGUGAGCCAUUAUCACUCAUGUGAUUUGGGGCAAGUUAGAGGCAACGGGUGGCUAAGUGGAUAGAGCACUGGACUUGGAGUCAUGGAGACCUGAGUUCAAUUCCUACCUCAGACCCUUACUAGUUGGACAAUUUAUCCUGGACAACUCAUAUAACUUCUCUCAGCCUCAGUUUCCUCAUCUGCAAAAUGAAGGGAUUGGACUCAAUGACAUUAAAUGUCCCUACCAGUCCCAAUUCUGUGGUCCAUCAUUCUGUAAAUUCCAUCUCUGAAUCUCAGUUUCUUUAUCUGUAAAAUAAAGGAGUUGGACUAGA